AUGAGAAAUUAAGGCCACAGUAAACUCCGUUUGGCUAACCGAUGUGCUAACUGCUAAAUUUUCUAUAUAUAUUUGAAUAAAUAAGGCUGUAACUCUCAAGUUAUCCUCGUCUAUUGUGAUCGGAGUAUACUCAUCUCCUAAACCACAGCGUCCAAACAGCUCACCUCCACCGCGUACGCUGCCGCAUGUUUCCGCCAGACCCAAAACUCCAGCACCCCAUCGAGUUAAAACCCGGAAUUUGGAGCUGAUUGGAAACACGUCUGUUUCAAAACUCACUAUUUGAAGCUCAGGGGUUGCUGCCUUGUUGGCUAACAUCUUUGUAAAGAUGAAAAAGAAGAAGUCUGGUAUGGUGAAAGUCCGCGCUGAAAAAAAGGAUGGGAUAGUCGUUCAAUGUGUACACUGUUUACGGCGAGAAAUGAGGACGAAGAAAAUUCAGUUUCAGGGUCUAGUGUGGCAAAGUUUUACAUUAGGAGAUCACUGUCGACUAGGAAUGUGGUUCAUUUGCAAACUCGAUACUUGCACACCACAAUGUGCAAGUAUGCAAAGGUUGAAGCUGCCCCGGCUCCUCGGGCGGUGCUGCCGCUGUCCAAGCUAACUGAUAGUUUUUUGGAUGGGAGCAAUAGUGUUUAUUUAGAGACGCUUCAGAGGGCCUGGGAGGCUGAUCCCAGUAGUGUUGAUGAGUCAUGGGACAAUUUCUUUAGGAACUUUGUGGGGCAGACCUCUAGCUUGCCUGGAGUUUCGGGGCAGACGAUUCAAGAGAGUAUGCGGUUGAUGUUGCUUGUGAGGGCUUAUCAGGUUACUGGUCACAUGAAAGCUAAGUUGGACCCUUUGGGAUUGCAGGAGAGGAAAGUCCCAGAAGAGUUGGACAUUGGUUUAUAUGGGUUUACUGAGGCUGAUCUUGAUAGGGAGUUCUUUUUAGGGGUUUGGAGGAUAUCUGGAUUUUUGGCUGAGAAUCGUCCCGUGCAGACCCUCAGGUCUAUAUUGACUAGGCUGGAGCAGGCAUACUGUGGGAGCAUUGGUUAUGAGUAUAUGCACAUUGCCGAUCGUAGCAGAUGUAACUGGUUGAGAGAAAAGAUUGAGACUCCAACAAUGAUGCAAUACAAUAGGCAGCGCCGUGUAGUUUUCCUUGACAGGCUUAUUUGGAGUACACAGUUUGAGAACUUCUUGCAGUCCAAGUGGAAAACAGCCAAGAGGUUUGGGCUUGAAGGUUGCGAAACUCUCAUUCCUGGCAUGAAGGAGAUGUUUGACAGGGCAGCAGAUCUUGGGGUUGAGAGCAUAGUCAUUGGAAUGCCUCAUAGAGGAAGACUGAAUGUGUUGGGUAAUGUUGUCCGGAAACCUUUCCGCCAGAUAUUUAGUGAAUUCAGUGGUGGUACAAAGCCAGUGGAGGAAGCUGGGUUAUACACAGGGACUGGUGAUGUCAAGUAUCACUUGGGAACUUCUUAUGAUCGACCCACUAGAGGUGGGAAAAGACUUCAUCUAUCUUUGGUUGCUAAUCCAAGUCACUUGGAAGCUGUGGAUCCAGUUGUAGUGGGAAAAACAAGAGCAAAACAAUUUUAUUCAAAUGAUUUGGACAGGAACAAGAAUAUGGCAGUUUUGCUUCAUGGAGAUGGUAGCUUUGCAGGACAGGGAGUGGUCUACGAGACUCUGCAUCUUAGUGCUCUUCCUAAUUACACCACUGGUGGGACUAUACACAUUGUGGUGAAUAACCAAGUUGCCUUUACAACUGAUCCAAUGUCUGGCAGAUCUUCAGAGUACUGCACUGAUGUUGCUAAAGCCUUGAAUGCUCCUAUUUUCCAUGUAAAUGCUGAUGACAUAGAGGCAGUUGUUCAUGUCUGUGAGCUUGCAGCUGAGUGGCGCCAGACAUUCCAUUCUGAUGUUGUAGUUGAUUUAGUCUGUUAUCGUCGAUUUGGGCAUAAUGAAUUAGAUGAGCCAUCAUUUACGCAGCCUAAAAUGUACCAGGUUAUUAAGAAUCAUCCGGACCCUCUAACUGUUUAUAAGAACAAACUUUUGGAAUCUGGACAAGUGAACCAAGAAGAUAUUGGGAGGAUACAAAGUAAGGUCAAUACGAUUCUGAAUGAAGAGUUCUUAGCUAGCAAAGAUUAUGUUCCUCAAAGAAGGGAUUGGCUUGCAUCUCAUUGGUCUGGAUUCAAGUCACCUGAACAACUUUCUCGUAUCCGGAAUACUGGGGUAAAACCAGAGAUUUUGAAGGAUGUUGGCAAAGCAAUCACAUUUCUACCAGAAAAUUUUAAACCCCAUAGAGCAGUUAAGAAGGUAUAUGCAGAACGUGCAGAAAUGAUUGAGACUGGUGAAGGCAUUGAUUGGGCAGUUGCAGAAGCACUUGCUUUUGCUACACUGCUUGUCGAAGGUAACCAUGUUCGACUGAGUGGUCAGGAUGUCGAGAGAGGUACGUUUAGUCAUCGGCAUGCUGUACUUCAUGACCAGGAAACAGGGGAGAAAUAUUUCCCACUGGACCAUAUAAUGGCAAACCAAAAUGAGGAGUUGUUUACAGUUAGCAACAGCUCACUUUCGGAGUUUGGUGUUCUUGGAUUUGAAUUGGGUUACUCAAUGGAGAGUCCAAAUGCAUUAGUACUUUGGGAAGCUCAAUUUGGUGAUUUUGCCAAUGGAGCUCAAGUUAUAUUUGAUCAGUUUUUGAGUAGUGGGGAGUCAAAAUGGCUUCGUCAAAGUGGGCUUGUUCUACUGCUUCCACACAGUUAUGCUGGUCAGGGACCUGAACAUUCAAGUGCCCGAUUAGAACGAUUUCUGCAGAUGAGUGAUGACAAUCCUAACCUCAUACCUGAGAUGGAUGAUACACAUGGGAAGCAAAUUCAGGAAUGUAAUUGGCAGGUUGUGAAUGUGACAACUCCUGCAAAUUAUUUCCACGUCCUGCGUCGUCAGAUUCACAGGGAGUUCCGCAAGCCUCUUGUUGUGAUGUCUCCUAAAAACUUGCUCCGACACAAAGACUGCAAAUCAAAUUUAUCCGAGUUUGAUGAUGUGGAAGGCCACCCAGGUUUUGAUAAGCAGGGGACCAAAUUUAAGCGCCUUAUAAAGGACCCAAAUGAUCACUCUGAUCUGGAGGAGGGUAUUAGACGGCUUGUUCUUUGCUCCGGAAAGAUUUACUAUGAACUUGAUGAAGAGCGAAGACAGACUAAUGCGAAGGAUGUUGCAAUCUGUAGAGUGGAACAACUUUGCCCCUUGCCGUAUAACCUCAUUCAGCGAGAGCUGAAGCAAUAUCCUAAUGCUGAGAUAGUUUGGUGCCAGGAAGAGCCGAUGAACAUGGGUGCGUACAGCUACAUUGCACCUCGACUAUCCACUGCCAUGAAGUUAGUGAACAGAGGAACUGCUGAUGAUAUCAAAUAUGUUGGUCGGCCUCCAUCUGCUGCCACAGCAACUGGUUUCUAUAAUGUCCAUCUCAAGGAACAGUCUGAGCUAGUGCAGAAAGCGCUGCAGCCUGAGCCAAUUGAUUAAACUGAUUCAAGCCUGUCCAUAUCUAUUGGAAACCAAACAUUGACAUGCUUGCAUAGAUUGUUAUAGAGUACUGAUCAUGUCCCGAAGGCAUGUGAAAGGUUUUGAUCUUUCUUUUUUCUUCCAGAAUAAUGUCAAGCUUCUCCAUGAUAAGGAAAAAAAAAUACAAGGUUUGCUUGGCCACUCCGGAGUCCGGAAGCAUUUUUAGGUUUAAAUUAUUGGCUUAUUGCAGUUGCAUUCUAC